GGCCCCGGGCCGUAUUGCGCGGUUGCGCACUGCUGCCGCUGCUGUCGUCGCGGCGCGAGGAGGGUCGCGAUGGCUGGUCCCGCGUGGAUCUCCAAGGUCUCUCGGCUGCUGGGGGCGCUGCACAACCAGAAACAGGUGACCCGAGGGUUCGCUGGUGGUGUUCAGACGGUAACUUUAAUUCCCGGGGAUGGCAUCGGCCCAGAGAUCUCGGCGGCCGUUAUGAAGAUUUUUGAUGCUGCCAAGGCGCCCAUUCAGUGGGAGGAGCGGAAUGUCACUGCCAUCCAGGGACCCGGAGGAAAGUGGAUGAUCCCUCCAGAAGCCAAAGAGUCCAUGGAUAAGAACAAGAUGGGCUUGAAAGGCCCUUUAAAGACCCCAAUAGCAGCUGGUCACCCAUCUAUGAAUUUAUUGCUGCGUAAGACCUUUGACCUUUAUGCAAACGUGCGGCCGUGUGUGUCCAUCGAGGGCUAUAAAACCCCUUACACCGACGUAAACAUUGUCACCAUCCGAGAGAACACAGAAGGAGAAUACAGUGGCAUUGAGCAUGUGAUCGUGGAUGGGGUUGUGCAGAGUAUCAAGCUCAUCACCGAGGAGGCCAGCCGGCGCAUCGCUGAGUUCGCCUUUGCAUACGCCCGCAACAAUCACCGCAGCAAUGUCACGGCCGUGCACAAGGCCAACAUCAUGCGGAUGUCAGAUGGGCUUUUUCUGCAAAAAUGCAGGGAAGUUGCUGAAAACUGUAAAGAUAUUAAAUUUAACGAGAUGUACCUUGAUACGGUGUGUCUGAACAUGGUCCAAGACCCGUCCCAGUUUGACGUUCUCGUUAUGCCGAAUUUGUAUGGAGACAUCCUCAGUGACCUGUGCGCGGGAUUGAUUGGCGGUCUUGGUGUGACACCAAGUGGCAACAUCGGAGCCAACGGGGUCGCCAUCUUCGAGUCGGUUCACGGCACCGCCCCGGACAUCGCGGGCAAGGACAUGGCCAACCCCACGGCCCUCCUGCUCAGCGCCGUGAUGAUGCUGCGCCACAUGGGACUCUCCGACCACGCCGCCAGGGUCGAGGCUGCGUGUUUUGCCACAAUUAAGGAUGGGAAGAGCUUAACAAAAGAUCUAGGAGGCAAUGCCAAGUGCUCAGACUUCACGGAGGAAAUCUGUCGUCGAGUUCGAGAUUUGGAUUGAAGCUCCUGCGCGUGGAGCCCGCGUCCAUCACGCGCACCACAUCACGCACACAUGCGGUUUGCUUCUUUCCUGACAGUACAUUUCUAGAUCCGGCCUUUUCUCAACCAGAUCUCUGUGGAGGGUGCAGGGACGCGCUAAGCCUGCUCUCCGAGGACUUUUCCUGAGGGCCCGUUUUAUUGAUGACGUGUCUGUCCGGUGUGCGUCUUCUGUAAGCUCUCAGUGGACUGUAUCAUUGGCCAUGUUAGUCAUUUUACACUUCAGUUAAAAUGGUUUUUCCUCAGCUGUAAAUACGAUACAGGAUUAAUAAGAGAAAACAUCUAACUUUUUAAAGAAAACCCUGUUUUCCUUGGUUUAUGAAAAACAUAAUAGGAAUAAGACGGAAUAUUGGCAGGAUAGCACAAGAGGACAUUCUCAUAAAGCCACACGGCCACAGGAGAGGGUUCCGGGAAGUUCAGGCCACCACCCCCCAGUGUAUGCGGCAUAUCUCUUAGUGCUGUGGGAAGUAGACAGGUAGGUACAUUCUCCCGUGAAUUACUGAGUAUGAAUAAAGACCUCAAAUCCAAGAAAUCCAUACGAGAUGUAGACGUAGGUAGAGUGUGGGAUAGGAAGACGCACUUGCGUCUGUGUGGAUGAUUCGGUUUCUCCAGAUGUACUCUUCUUGGCGGGAGCUUUAAUGGCGCGGAGGGGACUUCCUUUCACUGGAUGUGCGAGGCGCUGGGUCGGCCAUGGGACCCUGUGGCGUGAGCCUCGCUCGGCCCAGAGCGACCUGAAGGCCUGACCACGAAUGUUUCGGCCCCCAGUUAACUGGGGACGCUGGCCGUUACUUUCCUAUCGCAGUGGCUGCCCCUCCCCUUCCCCAAAGCACCGAAUCACUGCCACCCACCCCAGCGCUGGUGAGAGAGGAGCCCGCAGUGGGGGCUGGGCGCAGCUGUGACCCUGCCCUCCACCACCCCCCCCUCGCCCCCAGCACGUUGUCCUUUACGGCAGGCACGCAGUCGCUAUUUUCAUGAACAGACUGCCCUUCGUGUGGCGCUGCAGGCCCGGGGGCUUCGCAGAGAGCACCCAGAUCACGGGGGUUUCUUAGCAAAUCUCACUGACUGGGUGCUUUUUUAGGCUUGUAACCAGACCCGAGUCUUAGGUGUCUUUUACUUUGUUUAAGCCGCAGCUUCCUCUUUUCUGUUGCAUUGUGCUAAUUACCAGUGACCCUCGGGUUCGCCCUAAUAAAGAAUUCCAGAACUGCC